CCUUGCGACCUUCAGAUAUCGUGCGCGAUAAACCUAUCCAUGAUAAUUUCCUCACAAGAAUUUAUUCAAAACAAACCAGAAGUAGAUAAAGCUACAGAUUGAAAAGAAAGCAUCCGUGACCGACUGGCCAUUUCAGCUUUUUUUUUUUCCUUGAGCAAAAUGGCAACACGGAGCCUUCAGUUCUCGCCCAUCAGUGCUCAACCCGGCCCGAGACAAAGGAGCUGGAACAGCCUUCCGGGCUCGGCCCGUUUUCCUUUUGCUACAGGCCCGUCUUUUCUGACCCGCAAAGUUCGACACAAUUGCACAAGAAUGCAAGUAGCUGAAGAAGAGUUCGAGGUGAAGCAAAUGAGGGAUAUGGCUGCUGCUAGAAAGAGAUGGGAAGCUCUGGUCAGGGAUGGGAAAGUCAAAGUUCUAACUCCAAGAGAAGCUGGAUACGCAGUUCAACUCUCAAACAAAACCUUACUUGAUGUUCGUCCUUCUACUGAACGUAAGAAGGCAUGGGUCAAAGGUUCUGAUUGGAUUCCAAUAUUUGAUCUUGAUGGCGGAUUGGAUCCCGGUACUCUUUCAAGGAAGAUCACAGGGUUCAUGAUGGGUACUGGCAAAAAUAGUGUUUCAUUUACCAAUUUGCACAAGAACUCAUUUUCUUGGUCUGUUCAUGCUAAUCACUCUUUAAGGAGGAUGGUGGAGUGGCGUCCCGACAUUAUCCUUCGACAAGUAUGGCAAUUCUUGUCCAAAGUCGAGGAGAAAUUCCCUAAAGACACAGAUCUUAUUGUGGCGUGCCAGAAAGGCCUGAGAUCCCUUGCAGCUUGUGAGUUAUUGCAUAAUGCUGGUUAUGAAAAUCUAUUCUUGGUUCAAGGUGGUCUUGAGGCUGCUGAAGAUGAGGAUCUUGAAAGGGAUGGCCCACAGCCCUUUAAACUUGCAGGAAUUGGCGGGCUUUCAGAAUUCCUCGGGUGGACCGAUCAACAGAGAGCUUUAGCUGCCAAGGAGGGCUGGGGCUUCCGAUUAGUUUUUUCUGCUCGCUUGAUUGGGCUCUUUCUCAUUGCUGAUGCACUUUUUCUUGGGGCACAGCAAGUCGGCCAUUACCUCCAGGACUUGAGAUCUCACUGAAGGAUGCUUCAUGAAUUGUACCGCAUAUUUCGUUUAAUCCAAACCCAGGUUCGUAUUUCUUUCGUUUUGGGUUUUUUCUGGUAUUUUUUGCUGUCAAAGUUAUGGAGAAGUACAGUCGACAUUUUUGUAGAUUUGGAUGUAGAAGUUGGUGAAAUUCGAAAUGUUUUUUCAUAUGUACCUUUUAAUUUCCCUAUUGAUUGUGAUUUUUGGUCUGUACUUUUUGGCAUUUUUGUUUCACAGCUCACAUUUUUUGUCUAGGCAUGGCUUCUAUACCUUGUAAUCUUAUGAUUCAUCUGGCGCUUCUGUGAAGUUCAUUGAAAUGGUAUUUCUUUUCGUAGAUAUAAUAUGAUCAGGGAAAAAAAAAUUCCGAAAAUAUAGAGAUACUAAUACCAUAUCUCCAUUAACCCAUUUUAUAAAAACUAUAAGAUACAUAAAAAAAAUCAAAUGUAAA